UUAUAGGGCUGGCCGAAAUAAAACUUUUUGUUUCGAAUCGAAACGAAACAAAAUGGAAAAAAGGGAACGAAAGCAAUUGCCAACCCAACCGUAUGUGAGUUCAGUACUACAACCACAAGAUCCUGAAAAACGGAAAUUAAUUCUACAACAACUUGUGCUUCUUUUGCAUGCUCAUAAAUGUCAACAAAUAGAAAAGUCGAACCCGCAUCACCGUUGUGAACUUCAUUAUUGUAGUGUAAUGAAAGGAGUUUUGGUUCACAUGGUUAAAUGUACAUCUGGGCGUAAAUGUCAAUUUGCUCAUUGUGCUUCUUCCCGUCAAAUAAUUUCUCAUUGGAAAAAUUGUACUAAAGGAGAUUGUAUUGUGUGUCGUCCUGUUAAAAAAUAUACACAUCAAGGUGGUUUUACUGCACUGGAGCAAGGUCAACCACAGAUGGAACAACAACCUAUUCAACAGCCUGUUGACGAUAUCGGUCAAAAUCAGGCUAUAAAUACUCCGCAACAACGAGCUAUAAAUAAUAUAUUAAAUGAAUUGUUUGAUGAAUACAACUCAGAAACCCAAAGUUCGUUUGUUUACUUUUCUUCAGUUAAUUUCUCUGUUUCACUUGGUGAUUUGUAUCUUCCAAAAUCUCCAGUAUAUAUUAGAGAUUGGCAUGCUUUAAUACCAAUUAAUAUGAGAAGUUAUUUAAUCAAAAAAUUGAUUAAGGCCGUUUAUUUUACAACCAGUCCUUUUGUUAUGCAUAUUCAACCCAGUAAGGAUCAUAUUUAUUACGCUCUAAACGAGGAGAAAAACAUUUUUGAGAAAGCUUCGAGUAAACAAAUUUAUUUAAAUUUGAUAGCCGAAUCAAUUUAUGAAAUUCAACAAGGAUUGAGGGGAAAGAAAAAAUAUCGAACAGAAAUCGACAUGGAAUAG